CACACGCGCACAAACGGAUCCACGCAUUUCACUUUCACGGCUGCGGGUCGGGCUGCGGCUUUCCUCUGUGAAACUGGUCAUUUGGAGGAACAGAAAACUUUUUCUUCUGUGGAUUUUCUUGUGAGGAGAAGAAUCUCGCGAUCCCUCCGGACUUUAUGAGAAACUCAAAGAAGCCCCGCUGUUGAGAAGGAGACCAGCGGAAUAUGAUUUGAUCCACUGCCGCUCACUUACAGGAUGGAUCUGCGUUCGCUUCACGCCGUGGUCUUUCUGUGGGCCUGGUGCCUCCGGGUGCAGGGCCGCUGCGACAAGUCGUCCGAGACCAGCAAGCUCAACCUGUCGGUGGCCUACGAGCUGCCGACCUUCGCCGCGGACUCCCCGGUCCAGAACAUGGUGGCCCUGGACGGGGUGGUCUAUGUCGGCGCCGUGAACAGACUCUACGCUCUGGCGCCGAACCUCACCAAGCUGUCGGAGUACCGCACCGGGCCGCUGCCGCUCAACCAGACCUGCGGACGGAGACCCGCGGCGCCGAGCGGGCCGGCCGGCGCCGUGGACAACCACAACCUGGCGCUGGUGGUGGAGAACAUCUACGACAAGGGGCUGUACAGCUGCGGCUCGGCGGACAACGGCGUCUGCCUCCGCCACGUCCUGGAGGAAGACGCCGUCCCCAAGACGCUGGGAGACGAGGUCUACUGCUUCGCUGACAAGGUGACGCCGGGUCACGGCCAGCCCGUCGACGCCGACGUGGUUGUCGGCCCGUCCGGAUCGCAGGUGCUCAACGUGGAGAGCAACGUCAUCAAGUUCUUCGUGGGGAACUCGGAGAUCCCGGAGACGGGGAACGCGACGGGGAACGCGACGGGGAACGCAACGGGCAACGCGCCGCGCCCCCACACCAUUUCUCUGAGGAAGAUGAAGACGAGCCAAGACGGCUUCACCUUCUUCUCCAGCCUGUCCUACAUGGACCUGAUCCCGCCGCUGCGGGGGAACUACUACCUCCGCUACGUCUUCUCCUUCCACAGCGGACCCUUCACCUACUUCCUGACGGUGCAGCGGGUCGGCAGGAACUCGACGGCCUACCACACCCGCAUCGUCCGCAUGUGCGCCUCCGACCUGGUCAUCCGCCGCUACGUGGAGAUGCCCCUGGAGUGCAUCAGCACCGACAAGCGGCGGCGGCGCUCCGCCCAGGCCGUCAAGGUCUUCAACAUCCUGCAGGCGGCCACCGUGGCCAAGGUGGGGAAGGACGCGGAGCUGCAGCGGCAGCUGAAGGUGGACGAGAACGACGACGUGCUGUUCGCCGCCUUCGCCCGGGGGAAGCCCGACUCGCCGGAGCCCACGGCGCACUCGGCCGUCUGCGCCAUGUCCCUCAAGUACAUCAACACCAUGUUCAAGACGUACAUGCAGAGCUGCAGCACGGUGGAGCCCUUCCACUUCAGCGGCUCGGACAGGAAGGCCUGCUACAACGUGAGUUCAUCGGACGACUGCGACCUUCACGAAGGGAUCCACGAGGGGAGGGAGAGCCAGUACCGCCUGCAGGUCACCCAGUUUGUGCAGAGGCUGGAGUACAAAGAGCUGGCCGACACCCUGGUCACCUCCAUCAGCGUGGUGCCGGUGCACGGGCGCGCCGUGGCCUACCUGGGGACCGCCGACGGACGCCACAUCCAGGUGCUCGUGUCCCGCUUCGCCUCUCCUCACGUCAACAUCCGGCUGGACUCCAGGCCGGUGUCCAGCAGUGUGGUGCUGUCGGCGGGGGCAGGAGGCGCUCUGCUCGUGGCCACGGGCAAUAAGAUCACUAAGGUCCCCCUGAUUGGCCCCGGCUGUGCCCAGCUGGCCACCUGCACUUCCUGUCUGCUGUCGUCAAGGGUGACCGAAUGCGGCUGGUGUGACGGACGCUGCACCAGAGCCAAUCAGUGUCCGUCCUCCUCCAGGUGGACCCAGGACUCCUGCACGCCUGUUAUCACCUCGGUGUCUCCGGCGUCUGCACCCGUCCGAGGCCAGACGUUGGUCACCAUCUGCGGACGCAACUUUGGCUUCGACAAGACGGAGGAGUUCCGGGCGUCGGCGGUGUCGGUGGAGGUGGGCGGAGUGCCCUGCAGACUGAACCGGCAGGACAGCCUCAACAGGUGGACUGAGAUCCAGUGUUCCCCGGUCUUCAGUGGGAACUUCACCUCGGCGGGACAUACCGUGAAGGUGGCCAGCGGCCACCGGGUGGCCACGAUGGAGGCCUUCAGCUUCGUGGAUCCUGAGAUCCAUGAAAUCUUUCCGACGUUCGGGCCGAAGUCUGGAAGCACCAUGCUGACCAUCCGGGGAGCCUUCCUGGACACCGGGAACAAGCAGGAGGUGACUGUAGGGAGGUCCGCCUGUAAGAUCCAGAGCUUGACGUCCACCAUGCUGACCUGCAAGACGCCGCCGCACGCCGUGCCGUCGGAGCAGCCCGUGACGCUGACGGUGGACUUUGUGGAGCGCCGGGCGCCCCGGCUCUUCACCUACAACCAGGACCCCAUCAUCAACAGCAUUCAGCCCUCGCGCUCCUUCGUCAGCGGCGGCUGCACGUUGUCUGCUCACGGCUUCUUCCUGCAGUCCGGCCUCCAGCCUCAGAUGGUUCUCACCACCGGGCAGGACGCCCAGGUCUUCCACGUGAGCUGCGUGUAUGGGGAGAACCGGACCACCAUCCAGUGCACCACGCCCUCCCUGGCCAAGCUGGCCCUGCAGCCCCCGGUGGUCACCAAGGUGGCAUUCGUCCUGGACGGCUACUCCACCGAGCAGUGGGACCUGAUCUACGUGGAAGACCCGCUGUUCCAGGACCCCAAGCUCACCUCCAAGGACAACAAGAGCAUCGUGGAGCUCAAGGGCGACCGGAUGGACCGCGAGGCCAUGAAGUGUCAGGUCCUCACCGUGUCCAACCACAGCUGCGAGUCGCUCACCCUGGUGGGAAACACUCUGGAGUGCACCGUCCCCACCGAGCUGCAGGCCGCCACCGCCAAGGAGCUGCAGGUGGAGUGGCGCCAGGCGGACUCCAUCAGACACCUGGGGAAGGUGACGCUGGCCCAGGAGCAGGACUUCACGGCCCUGAUCGUGGGCUGCGUGUGCGUCAGCCUGCUGCUGCUGCUGCUGGGAACGCUGCUCAUGUGGAGGAGGAACAAGCACAUCGACGAUCUGUCUGAGGUGUGGUAUGAUGGCCGGGGGCACAUCCAGCAUCUGGACAGGCUGGCUAACGCGAGGAGCGUCAGCCCCACUAACGAAAUGGUCUCCCACGAGUCAGUCGACUAUAGAACCACCCUGCUGGAGGAUCAGGGCGGCGACAGGCCCGAGACGUGCCGGGGCGCGCCGCCGGUGUACGGGGGGAACGGCGAGCUGCUGUCCCCACGGCUGGGGGCGUUGGCGGGCGGCGGCCUGGGGCUGGACGGCGAGCUGGUGUCCCCGCUGCUCAUGGCGCCCGUCCACAUCGACCCGUCCUGCCUGCACCCCGACCUGCUGACCGAGGUCCAGCAUGUGGUGAUCGCCCGGGAGCGGCUGCUGCUGCACCUCAACCAGGUCAUCGGCAGAGGACACUUCGGCUGCGUCUUCCAUGGAACUCUGCUGGAGGCCGACGGGCAGAAUCAGCACUGCGCUGUCAAGUCUCUGAACCGCAUCACGGAUUUGGAAGAGGUGUCUCAGUUCCUGAAGGAAGGCAUCAUCAUGAAGGACUUCAGCCAUCCCAACGUCCUGUCCCUCCUGGGGAUCUGCCUCCCGCCGGAGGGCUCCCCGCUGGUGGUCCUGCCCUACAUGAAGCACGGCGACCUGCGCAACUUCAUUCGGGACGAGGGACACAACCCCACGGUGAAGGACCUGAUGGGCUUCGGGCUGCAGGUGGCCAGAGGGAUGGAGUACCUGGCCAGCAAGAAGUUUGUCCACAGAGACCUGGCUGCCAGGAACUGCAUGCUGGAUGAGAGCUACACGGUGAAGGUGGCGGACUUCGGCCUGGCCCGGGACAUUUACGACAAGGAGUACUACAGCGUGCACAACAAGAGCGGCGUCAAGCUGCCCGUCAAGUGGAUGGGCCUGGAGAGUCUGCAGACGCACAAGUUCACCACCAAGUCAGACGUGUGGUCGUUCGGCGUGCUGCUGUGGGAGCUGAUGACCCGCGGAGCGCCGCCGUACUCGGAUGUGAACUCCUUCGACAUCACGGUGUUCCUGAUGCAGGGCCGGAGGCUGCUGCAGCCCGAGUUCUGCCCCGACGCCCUGUACACGGUGAUGAUCGAGUGCUGGCACCCAAAGCCGGAGCGCCGGCCCUCCUUCUCCGAGCUGGUGUCGCGGAUCUCAGCCAUCUUCUCCAGCUUCAGCGGCGAGCACUACGUCCUGCUCAACACCACCUACGUCAACAUCGACAAGAUGAGCCCCUACCCCUCCAUGCUGGGCUCCACGGCCGCCGGCCCCGCCCCCGCCCCCGCCGCCCCGCCCUCCCCCUCCGCCUCCGCCUCCCUGCCCAGCCGCUCGCCGCUCUUCUGCCGGCUGGAGCGAGACUGCUGCACCUGAGGGCGGAGGAGGCGGUGGGAGGGGCGGAGGCCGAGAGAACUACUGUACCUGAUGAAACACUGGACGCUGCUGCCCAGGAGAACCGUUCACUCACUGUAUAUAGACUGAGGACCCUCCCCCUUCUCCCGGAGCUGCAGCCCCACCCCCUCCUCUACCUGCUGCCCCCACCGGGCCCCGCUGUACUGUGAAGGUGACAAAUGACAAAUGGUGUUGAUGUGGUGUCACCGCUUGAGAGGCGGGGGGGCUCCGAGCCUCGGGGGUGGAGGGUGGAGGGUGGAGGGUGGUGUAAAGACCACUGGACGCUGUUCGAUGUGUGAGUCGCCUGCCUUGACUAGACAGAUGUUUCCCGCCUGGUUUCUCCUCUGAAGCCUCCGUGGUGUCAGAGUCGCUCCUCGUCUCCUGAACCUCUCUGAUGUUGUGCUUGUUGGAUCGGUUGACCGCUCCGCCCCGAGACUCUCCUCCGCCCGCUGCACCGGCGGUCCAGGCCGCCUCAUGUCUGCCAGAUCUGCAUCUGCUCUGCUGACCUGGGCUUUGCUGACGGUGAACACGGACAGAAGCCUCCGUAACGUUUGGUUUGUUGAGCUGAAGGGCGUCUCGGAUAUCUGCUCAGAUCUGCUCCAGACUCCACAGAGACUCUGCAAAUCCACAUGAGACCAGCUGAGAGCAGGUCGGAUCCCAGGACUCCCUUCACAGAGGGGCCAAGGGGGUCCAGUCCUGGUCUUGGAGGUCACCUGUCCUGACUGCUUCAGUCUGAUGAUGAUGAUGUCAUCACCAAGCGCCGAAAACAAACCAAUGAGGAGCUGAGGACAGCAGGACUAGGACCUUCCAGGACCAGGACUGGACCAAUAUAAAAGAAUAUAAUUGAAUGUUUGAAGGCCAUUUGUGUGUAUUUGCACAUUUUUGUGUUUCAACUACUAAUCAACCAAUAAGAAAGGAAAUUUUAUGGUAAAAUCGGAUAGCUUCUAUUAAAAGUUGGGUUCAGAUUCAGACCCAGAUGAAGAUCCUCCUCUGUUCUGAACCUAAUUUUAGAAUCAAAAUAAAUGAUAGUGUAGCUGUUAUGGACAGAGGGGUGUGCGUCAGUCCAGAGCCGUAUAGUGAAAGAGUCACAGCGAUGGCGUAACAGGCGCCAUUGUUUUGUCCAACAAGUGCUAAGUCGCUAUAUUUGAAGCCUGAUGUCACAAGUUGUGAAUAUUAUUUGAGGCUAUUAUAUUCCUAAUAGUAAUACAAACGUGGCUCUAUGGCCUGACAGGAUGGAUUUUGCUCUGUAAGAGCUUCAUAGACACCCAGGUUUUUUCAGCCUGUAACAGAUCCAGUCUAUCACAUUAUCAGUAACUGUCCCUGAACAGUAUCCAGGCAUGUUGCCUCAGUUUGACGUUUUGUUACACUGAUGGGUUAAAACGGCCAGUAACCCAGGAAAGAAACAGCACAGAGACGACUGCUGGACAAAACAUGGCGGAACGGAACGUCAUUGAGGCAGCUGUCUCACUAUCCGGCUCUGGAUCAGUCCACCUGGAACCAGAAAGACAGAGACAGUCAGUCCAUCCUCCUGAUGUUCAACCAAAAAAACCCUAAAAGUGAAGAUCUGCUAUCGUGUUUCUUCUAUUUCCUGUAAAUCUCUCCUUUCAUUGCAGAUAAAGAGGCACGAUAUGAACCGAAACGUAGCGUGAAGCAGCAGAGUCGGUGGAUAUGAUGAUUGUUUCACAUUGUAGAGGAUGAUUUGUCUCAGACGAGCCUCCCUGCCUCUGCAGGCCGCCAUUAUCUCCCAUUAAUUCAUCGCAAUGCGAUUAAAGCGCGCGCCUUCGGUGUGGUGAAAUGCCGCCUCUGCGGUCUGCGUAACGUCUGCUGCGAUACUCGUCUGUACCGACGUGAGCGGAGGCCGGCGGCGAGCGGGAGACGUCGGCCUGUGAAGUCUCAUGGUUUCCAGCCGAUCGGCUGCGACUCAAAUGUAAAAUACGGCGGAGUGAGUUUUAGCUGUGGCGUCGUCAAACCUGCAGCCGUCUGUCACCGUCCAUGUUCCUAGCGUCGCGGUUUGUAAAUACUUCAAGUACCGAUGCACAGAUUCAAAUCUGAGCAUGAAGACUUGCUAAAUGUCAAAUCUAAAUGUAGCCUCAGUGGUUCGGGUUUUAGAGUUAAUGCUCCAAUAAUCAGACUGCACUGCUGCUUCCUGUCUGUGAGACUCGUGACACCCCCCUGUGGCCAGAUUUGGUAUUACCAGCCGGUUAGUCGAUCCACUGCAGCGUCGUGUCGUUGUCCAUCGUCGUUUUUCAAGCUUUGGGAGGCUGAAGCGUGACUGGCCGGUGGUCUGUAGCACGUGGCUCGUUGUUUCUGAUGUGAAUGUCUGCUGAUGUGUUGACAGGUAUGAAUGUUUGCUAUGACAAGAAAAUUGCUGUACUAUAUUUUUGUAUUGAUGAUGAGCCUUUUUUUUUUGUUGUUGUUUUUCUUUAAGAUACAGUCCAGUGUAAAAUCCGGUGGCGGCAGAACGGGAGCAAAAAGCCACUCGGUCAACUUUUUCCCAUCUAGUUUUUGUUUCAGACGAACCACUGCCAUUUUUCUGUAAAUACGGAGAGAAGAGCUCCAGCGAGGAUGAAUGGGCUCAGAGACUGCUGGGAGCUCGCUGUGCUGAACACUGUCGGCUGUGUGUGUGUGUGUCUGUGUGUGUGAGACUGUCCAAACACCCUGAAGGUACCUGUUCCUGUGUAACGUCACAUCGGUGUAAUAAAGCUGUAGUACC